AUGGGUGUCCGCAAGUACGUCAUUGGGGGCAACUGGAAGUGCAACGGCACGACCCAAUCCGUCACUGACCUCUGCACGCAGCUCAACAAAGUGGACAUUGCCUCGGACAAGGUGGAGGUGGUCGUAUCUCCUCCCGCCCUUCACAUUGCACUGGCCAAGUCCCUCUUGCAGGACACGAUUGCUGUCAGUGCGCAGAACUUGAGCCUCACGGGUCUCGGUGCAUACACGGGCGAGAUUGCAGCCGAACAGCUCGUUGACUUUGGGCUCAAGUGGACCAUCGCGGGUCACUCGGAGCGUCGUGCUUUGUAUGGCGAGACCGAUGAGAUUGUAGCCAAAAAGACGAAACGUGCGCUGGACGUGGGUCUUCAGGUCAUCUUUUGCAUCGGCGAGUCGCUUGAGGAGCGUCAGAAUGAUCAGACGUUGGAUGUCCUGAUCCGGCAGACUCAGGCGCUAGCCGAGAUUGUAAACGAAGCCGACUGGGCCCGUGUCGUUGUUGCCUACGAGCCCGUAUGGGCCAUUGGCACCGGUGUCGUUGCAACGCCUGCGCAGGCGCAAGAGGCCCACAAGCAGCUGCGUGCCUACUUUUCUGACAAGGUGUCUUCGGAAGUGGCGGCGAAUAUCCGUAUCAUCUAUGGCGGCUCCGUCAAGGGCGACAACUGCGAGGAGCUCAUUGCCCUCGACGACGUCGACGGAUUCCUCGUUGGCGGCGCCUCGCUCAAGCCGGAGUUUGAAAAGAUCAUCAAGAGCGCGUUUUAG